AUGAAGGGGCUGCCCCACAGGGAACCACGCAUAGUGCUGGGGGCCGAGGGCUGGGGGUCAGCCCUGGACAGCUGCGCGCCCAGGGAAACACUCCAUUGCAAGUUGGUGCCACUGACCCACACGAGGAACCACCACCUUAAACUGAUGGUAAAGCACCUGCAGCUGUCGGGCACCACACUAGGCAAGGGGCGGGGCCAUGACCUGGAAGCUCCUGUGGCUCUUGUCCCCGCCCCCCAUCCAGGGCAGACCCACUUCCAAGCCCCUCUCUGGCUCCUGCAACCCCCACAAAGGGCUGUUCCCUGGCUAGAGUGGUCCAUGUGGGAUGCCCUCCCUGCUCCUCCCCAGCUCCCCCCAACUCGUGCUACCUCCCUGGGUCCUGGGGAUAUCAGCGCCCCUUCCAUUUGCGAAUAUAGUUAA